AUGACAGAGGACACCAACGAAGCCACUGCUACCGAGUCCGUUGACAAUCCUGAUGCUGUAGAGCAGGGAGAGGAAGAAACGAAAGGAAAGAGAGCCAAGACAGAUGGAGAACGAGGUGGUGAGACACGACAACCCGCCAAGAAAAAGCAGCGAACCGAGAAGUCAUUUGCAGAUGAUUUGAUCUGUUGCAUCAGCCAUGAGUUGCCAUGGGUACCCGUCACAGCUAUGGAUGGGCGUGUCUACGAGCGCAAGUGUAUUGAGGCUUACAUGGAGCGGAAUCCUCAUGAUCUCAAAUCGCCCGUCACUCGUCAACCCAUGGGGCCUGACGCUCUUGCCGGCCAUCCAGCACCGCAGCAUGAUUGA